UGGGCGUGGCCUGGUAUUGCUCCUCAGGGCGCUGAGAUGUGCCGUCAGCAUGGGCAGUAAGAUGGCGGCUGCCACUAGAGUCAUACAGGUAAUCAAGCCACAUACUCCCUUAAUAAAGUUCCCAGACCGAAAAAGUAGUCCCAGACUUAAAAUACUGGAAUCUCUACAAACAAGUAUGCCAUCGCCUGGUGCUUCAAAAGCACAGGAGUCUGUAGAAGGCAGAUCACCAGGAUUUCAAAAUAUUUCACCUGUUAGUAGAGUACAAGGUAUACCAGACACUUCUGAAUUAACAAGAACCUUACCUCAGAAAUACAGACGAAAACUAAUGUCAGAUGAAGAGAUUGAAUAUAUUCAACGUGGAGGUCCAGAAUAAAUAUAGAAGAUUAUUUGCCACUGUUGAAGAAUGAAAUGUUAUAUUCACAAUAAAGGCAUUUCCUUAAUUUUAUGAUUGA